UCACCAUUCCCACAGCCUUUCCUUUUCCUCAUUCCCACGGCCUUCUUUCUUCCUCGCCGCCAGCCACCAACCGUCCCUCUCCGGCGAACGAUUCCGUGCAUAAAUUGCGCGAGCAAAAGCACGUAAAUGUUCAAGGAAUUCAAGUGAAUAAAGGGUUUUUCUCUGGGAAUCUGAUCUCGGGUCCCCGUCGAAAAUGGAGGUCCGGCAGAACCCGGCGGCGGACAACUCGUCGGUCUCCGGUCGCCGGCAGGCGCCGAAGCAGGCCAAGCCCUCCCCUGUUCCCGUCGAUUCGACCUCCGUCACUCAGAGGCUCCAGAAGGAACUGAUGGCUCUGAUGAUGAGUGGAGGAGAUCUUGGAGUAUCGGCAUUUCCUGAAGGUGAAAGCAUUUUCGCAUGGAUAGGAACGAUUGAGGGUGCAAAAGGUACGGUGUAUGAGGGUCUCUCUUACAAGCUUUCGUUGCGGUUCCCAUUGGAAUAUCCAUUCAAGCCACCGCAAGUCAAGUUUGAGACUCUGUGUUUCCAUCCGAAUGUCGAUCAGUUUGGCAAUAUAUGUCUUGACAUCCUUCAGGAUAAGUGGUCAUCAGCAUAUGACUGCAGAACCAUUCUUUUGUCCAUUCAAAGUCUGCUGGGAGAGCCCAAUCUUGACAGUCCUCUCAACAGCUGUGCUGCGGCUUUGUGGAACAAUAAAGAAGAUUACAGAAAGAUGGUCCAUAGACAAAGCUUCGCUGGAGAGCUUUUCGAAGAGUGAUCCGUAAGGUACUUGUACUUCUACUGUCACAUGGGAUACAUUGCAUUGCCAGGUUCUCUCUAGAUUUCGAGAGAAGAGCUCGACACUGAUCUAGAUUUGUAUAGUCUCUUUUUUACAAUAGUUGAAUAUUGUAUCUGUAAGAUUGAUUUGUUAGGCAUGAUAGACCCCAAAAUGGGUGAAGACUUGGCGCACAUUUGUCUGUUCAAGAUGACUUUCAACUUCUGUCCAAAGAAAACUGGGGACUUUGUACGUCAUUCACGGUCUGUUUGGAUUUGUAUUUGUACUGCUUCUGCUGUAACAUUUGUUUGCGGAAAAUGUAAGUGAUCUUGGUACGAAUAAAAGGGAUCGUCAUUUCUUCCU